UCGUAUAUCUUUCGGUCGUGUCGUGAUCGGUGUCGUGAUUGUUCGAUGAGUAUAGUCUGGUAUAGUUUAUGCGAGGUACUUACGAAUAAUCGGUGCGUCUAGCGAUUAUCGGGGAGAAAAAAUAUCGGUGUCUCGUUUAUCGUCAAAUAUUUAUUCAUAGAAUUUUUCUUAGUUAGGGUGAUUUUAUCCCGAUAAUAUUGGUCCGUGAAUCCGUGUGUGCCGUAAUCAUGAAUAAGAGGAUCAUCAGCGCGAUGCUAUUCGAAUAUCAUGAACAUAGUAACAGUGUAAUCUAGAAAUGGAAAAUUAAAUUAAGGCAUAACAGUGGACAAAUGAUUUUUAUACUUCGUUAGUUUUUGUGCAAACGAUCGGUUGACUGUUGUUGCGUGUCUCGAACGUGCGGCGAUAAUCGUUUCUGAACGCAGAGCUCAGCAUGGUGAUACGAUUAUAAUUACCAAUUCACAGCAUCCCAUGUUGCACUUGCUCAUGUUUGCUCAACUUUGCAAAGAUACUUAAGACUGUCUGUCCUUAUGAGUAUCUUUUGAAGUACAGUGGAAGUAGUAAUCUGUUAAUUUUACUCAAAGGAGGAUGCCAGUAACUAAACGUAUUCCAUGCCCUUCGCGAUCUGACGGUGGUAGCAGUGAAAGUCCAUUACUUGUGGAAGAAGGAGAGACAGUUGGUGCACCUCACAGUCCACGCAGCAAACAUAAUCACAAUCAUACACAUGCUAAUCCUCAUAGGUCCCACAGUUACCGCCAUGAAAAACCAAAACAGCUAAUAAAAUAUGGAGAAUUAGUUAUUCUUGGUUACAAUGGAUUCCUUCCACCAGGGGAUAGAGGAAGGAGAAGAAGUAAGUUCGUUUUGUUUAAAAGACCUGUAGCAAAUGGCGUGAAACGCAGUAAACAUUACAUCGUUAAAACACCUCAUAGUUCGCAAGCUAUUCUUAAUACAAAACAACAUUCGAUAUCGUAUACUCUUUCUCGAACACAAGCCGUUAUCGUGGAGUAUACCGAAGAUGAAGGAACUGAUAUGUUUCAGGUUGGACGUUCUUCCGAAUCUCCUAUCGACUUUGUUGUUAUGGAUACAUGUGCAGGCGGUAGUGACAGUUCGAACGAAGGACGCGUUGCUCAAAGUACAAUUAGCAGGUUUGCCUGUCGAAUUCUCGCCGAUCGAUCGGAUCCUAGAAUCGCCAGAAUAUAUGCUGCAGGUUUUGAUAGUUCAAGAAAUAUCUUUUUAGGGGAAAAAGCAACAAAGUGGCAAGAAAAUCGUGAGAUUGAUGGGCUCACAACAAAUGGCGUUUUAAUAAUGCAUCCGCGGGGUCAGUUUUGUGGCGGUGAAGCACAGUGUGGUUUUUGGAGAGAAGUCAGCGUAGGUGGGGGAGUUUUCUCGUUAAGGGAAAGUCGAAGUGCCCAACAAAAAGGAAAUGUCGUAGAAGAUGAGAACAAUAUUCUGCAAGAUGGAACUUUGAUCGACCUUUGCGGUGCCACGUUACUUUGGAGAUCAGCGGAAGGUCUGGCAAAGUCGCCAACAAAACAUAAUUUAGAAGAACUAGUUGAUGCUAUAAAUGCCGGAAGACCACAAUGCCCUGUUGGUUUAAAUACAUUAGUUAUACCACGUAAAGCAGCUGCAGAUUCAGCACAACAACAACCAUAUGUUUAUUUGAAAUGUGGACAUGUACAAGGUCUCCAUGAUUGGGGUCAAGAAAAAGACAAAGCCACUAGAAGGUGUCCAAUGUGUCUAGUAGCCGGUUCAGUAGUUAAACUUUCUAUGGGAAUAGAACCUGCAUUUUACGUGGAUUGUGGCCCGCCUACUUAUGCAUUUAGGCCUUGUGGACACAUGGCUACAGAAAAAACUGUCAAAUAUUGGGAGAAAGUUGCAAUUCCACAUGGUACAAAUGGUUAUAUUGCAAUUUGUCCGUUUUGCGCAGUCCCUCUUGAAGGAACACCAGGAUACGUAAAACUGAUUUUCCAAGAUAAUGUAGAUUGAGGUUCGUUUAUUGUAAGAUCGUGAGUAUGUGUAGAAACUAUUAACUUCUUAUAAAAUGCAAGGACUAUUGAAAUUAAUAAAAUGUAAAUAAUCUUAAUACGAAUAUAUAUAUAUAUAUAUAUAUAUAAUAUAUAUAUAUAUAUUAACAAAGUUCUAUCUUCUUCCCACAAACAUAAAUUUAAGCAAAACUUUUGUAUGUACAAAUAGCUCUGCAAUACUUACUAUGUACAUGGCUCUUAAAAUAAAUAUCCCUUCUUAAACAGUA